UGCUUCAUUCUUUCUUUCGCACGCUGUUCGUUCGCACGCACACAGCUGCAAAUGAGUUGCAUGCAGCAUGCUGCCACUGCCACAGCUCUGACUGUUGCUUGCCGUCCUCAGCACCGUCAGUUGGAUUUGUGCGCUGCUCGCGUGAGGACGUGCCGCAAAAAACAGCCGAUUGAACAAAAACAGAAAACCGCUGUAGCUAAUUUGCAAGUGCUGUUUGAUCGCCUCGCUGCAGCGAGUCAAAGUCGUUGCCUGCUUCGCGAGAAUUUAAAAGCGCCAAACGCAACAGUAGCUGAAGUAGAAGCAACAGCAACAGCAACGGCAGUAGGAGCAGACGCCGAAGAGGCAGCAACAGCAGCAGCGACAACAACAAUAACAACAACAACAACAACAACAUCGUUAUCAAGAACUGCUGCAACGUUACAUCUGAACGCAUUUAAUUGAAUCACAUUAAUCGGUUUAUAAUAUUAUGAAAUUAGGUAAAGUGCAGAAUGCAAACACAAGUCACAUAAAAAAUGCCAUAAAAUAAUCAAUAAACACAAUUGUCAAAGUGCCAAAUAAUUGUCAAAUUAAAAUCGGUUAAUUAAUUAAUGCAAACGUGCAUUCGGGGAAACUAAUCGCAUUAACGCAAAUUAAUUGAAAUAAGGUCUCUGGGCAUUUGGCCAUUGACAGAGAGAUCGCAAAACACGACAACGACAACAACAACAACAACAACAACCAUAACAAUAAUAAUAAUAAUUGGCAUUUGCCCCCGCUGAGAAAAGUGCAUAAAAGUUAAGCAGCAACAGCAGCAGAGCAAGUUGUAAAUACCCUGGAGAGAUCAACUGGCCUCGCCGAAUGCAUUUAGUUUAAUUACGCAAUUUAAUUGCUUGGCCAUAGACUGCGAAUUCCCAAUUGCAUCAGAAAAACUCCUCGACAACCACCCGCCGAAAGUUUCAUUGAGCUGAGGGAAAAGCUUUUGCCUGCAUCCGGUCUAUAUACAU